UUUAAAAAAAUUGAAUUUUAAAGCUUUACAAUCUAAUGUAAUAACAUCUGGCAACUUUCCCCACACAUUGCGCUAAAUCUACAAAAAAAUAUAAACAAAACAAACAACUUUUGCAACACACACUUGAAGCUUGUGAAAAUAUUGAAAAUCCUGAAUAAAAAUGUCUAUUACCUUAGAAAUUAAUAAUAAACAAUUAAACUCCAAUGACAAUCAAUUAAAUUUACAUUAUCUACCCGCUAAAAUUCAAGGUGACGGCCCGGCUAAUGUGGAAAAGUAUUUCAAUCCCUACACCCACAAGGAUCAAGGCAUUUUGUCUAAUGCCUUGCGCGGUUAUCCUCUGCAAGGUGAAAUUUUAAAAGUACCAGAAGGAUUUAAAGGUUUAGUAGUGCAGGAAACCCGCAAACCUUUGGAUGAGGAAGCCGAUAGGCUGUUGCGCAUAAAGGGCUCGUUUGAAGAGUUUACUUACUGGAAUUAUGAUAAAAUACCAUCAGUAGCGGAUGGUUAUAAGCAAGCGUUACAAAUUUUAAGAUUAGCGGAAGAGUUAGCCGAACCUUGCACUGAGGAGGAUGUUCUUAAGGAAAUGGAAGAGUAUAAAAAAGCUAAGGCGGUUAAGAGUGAAAAGUAGUUUUAAGGGUUAUUAUGAAUUGUUAAAAGUAAAAAUUAUAAUUUAGUAAAGAGUUAAAUAUAUAUGUGCUAUAAAAUUGGAA